AUGUUCUUUGUGGGUAUUGAUGAGUAUUCUCUUUCUUCCGUGUUGAUGUCUAAGUCAAAGUUUGGGGUGUUUGUUUCCUUUCUUGUUGUUGAACUACUUGUCAAAAUAUCCGUUGUGUUAUUAUCUGUCUGUAUGUGCCUGUUGGAAGAAUUGGGAGCUGAUGAAAACUGGUUUUUUUCGAUUAAUAUCUGA